GUCGCCAGUCAAACAGUGAGCGCGUCGCAUCUUCGCACGCAUCGAAAAGAACGGAACGGCAACGGCACGGCAGAAGCAGCAGCAGCAGCACUAGCAGCAGCGCGGGCGCGUUUAGUGCCAAAAGAAAAGACGGGUAAACCACAGUGAUAAAGACAAAGUGUUCAAGACAAACAAAAACAUUAUAAAUAAUCAUAGAUAAUUUACAUAAACAAAUAAACCGAAAUAUUCAGUAAAUAAAUUAAACCAAACGCUGAAUGGAAUCAACACGGAAAUGUUUGGGGCUAAACCAUCGAAAAGUUGUUCAAGAAGUCAAAGAAGCGCACAACUAGCUAAAAACUGACUAAAAGGAGACAGAAUUUACACAAGCAAAAGGAUAAUCAGAAGUAAAACCAAACACAGCGAAGGAGAACAGCAAAAAACAGCAAAAAACACUACGAAAUAUUUUAACUCGUAAAUUGUAGCGCACAGGAGCAUAAAAACAACAUUAACAGCCAUCAGAAAGGAGCCUUACAACAACAACAAAAAAAACACCAAAGCAACAUUUGUGCUGUGCUUAAAUUAUAGUCAAACAAACCAAAAAAUAAAGCAAAGAAAAGCUACAAAUAAAAGAAGAAAGAACGAACGAACAGCCCAGACAUCAAUGCGCGUAAUUAUAUAAAAACAAAGUAAUUAAUUCAAAAUUAACAUAAAUAUAUACUAAAUAAUCAUUAUUCUUCCAAUUGCGAGUAAAUCGAAAACGAUAUUUAAACUUAGUAGCAACUUAAUUAACAAAAAACUUAAACCUUAAACUUAAACUUAAACUUAAAGUUCGUUGAAAGCAUUUUCGAUGCCAGUUUAGAGUCUACAAAAAAAGAGUUGUGAAAGCGAAAACUAAACAUAGAAAGUACAACAAUUAGUAGAGAUUUUUAAACAUUUUAAUCAAGUUUUAAAACGAGCUUCGACACACACACACACACAGCACACAACACAAGACAUACACCUCUAAAAACCACACACGAGCCGAACAUUAUCCUUAACCUUAACCAGAGCAGGAGCCAAAAGUGCCACGGUUACGGCUGGUGUUUGCUUGCAAUAGAAACACGUGGCAGGCAGAACAAGAACAAGAACAAUCAAAUUACGGCGCACACAGAGAGCAACGUUGAGCGGGGCUUUGGCACUGUGCCAGCGCCUAAAUUUAUACAAAUUUUGGACCUCCAAGGCGGAGGCUCAGUGGCAUACAAGGACAGCGACGACCUUCGCGUGUGCAAGCGUCGGCGGUUGCACAAUACACACACACACACAAACACUACACACACUUAGACACACACAAACACAACACAUAAGAGUAGCCUUAGACAUAUAGGAAAGCCACACGAGUAGACCGCCAUGACCGGAAGUGAGCUACGGUCACGUCCACUGGCCUUUGCAUAACAAUCAGCAGCUGAAGGAGCAGCAGGGGGAGAAGCAACAGCAGGGGAAGAGAAACAGAAACCAAAAGGAAAGGGCAACUCUCACUCACUGUGGCUGUGCAAAAAUGCAGGAAAUGAGCUACCUGCAGGAUAAUUCCAAAGUGGAGGCCCUCACCAAAGCCGUGCUCAUCUCCAUACUGGGCGUGGCGAUAGUGCUCUCCAAUCUCCUCAUCAUUGCCACCUAUGCCAAUUUCAAGGGUCCCACAGAGGUUAUCAAUUAUUAUCUGCUCUCCCUGGCCAUAGCCGAUCUGCUAUGCGGCCUUCUGGUUGUGCCGUUCUCCGUGUAUCCCGCUCUGACGGGCGAGUGGAUGUACGGGGAUAUCUUGUGCCGCUUUACGGGCUAUCUGGAGGUGACCCUCUGGGCGGUGUCUGUCUACACAUUCAUGUGGAUCUCAGUGGAUCGCUAUCUGGCGGUGCGCAAACCUCUGCGCUAUGAAACGGUGCAGACAAAGACGCGCUGCCAAUGCUGGAUGGUGUUCACAUGGAUAUCCGCUGGGUUGCUCUGCUGUCCGCCGAUACUCGGCUAUACGAAGCCCAUAGAGAAUAAUUUGGCGCACAUUUGCAUGCUGGACUGGGGCAACAUGGCGGCGUACAGUGCCACACUGGCGAUAUUAGUUUUAGGUCCCAGCCUCAUAUCGAUCGUACACAACUAUGGCUAUAUCUUUGUGAUGAUGCGUAAAAUAAGAUCGGGCGAGCCAAUACACGAUAAAGAAUAUGCAACUGCUCUGGCUGAAAAUUUGUCAAACCCUAGUCAUAUGAUGUCAUUCGCAUUAGUCUUUGCAUUCUGGAUGUCCUGGCUGCCAUGGAUCUCAGUGAGGCUGUAUGAGGUGGUCACGGGCGAUGUUAUCCAAAGUACUCUUAUCAAUUUCGCAGUCGUCUGGAUCGGCGUACUGAACUCAUUCUGGAAAAUUCUAAUCAUGACCAGUAUGUCGCCGCAAUUUCGUAUCGCUUUGAGAGUAUUUUGCUUAACCAUUUGUUGUAAGACUAAGGGCCGUUUGCAAGCUGAACUAAUCGGGUUGGACCCAGAUGACUAGAGUUAGAUUUCGAUUUUCAUUACCUCAAAUCCCAGUGCCCCAAUUCAAACAGAACUCCCCCAAACAACACCCCUCUCCCCCCAUCCCGUUAAAGCAAACUUAAAAUAUUUCCCGCAAGUAAUAAUUGGUUGUAACUUUUGCAUCUUUGAACCACACCACUUCUCUCUCGCUCUCUCUGGGCCUGUCUGUUCGAAACAAACGAGCACAGAGCAGAGUUGAGUCUACACACUCUCUCCUUACUUGCUAUCUUGCCACAUAGUUGCAUAUUUACGAAGGCCCGUUUGGCAAUACGUGACAUAAUGAAAUGAAUGCCAACACAACAACAACUUCACUUCACUCCACAACUCAUCCACUGCACAACAGCCAACACCACUCUCGACCACAGCCACAGCCACAGCCACAGACACCACACAGCCAUAGACACGACCACGAAAGACAUUUUCAUAUAUCCCCCCAUAGACUGUAAGCUAGUUCUAAGAGUUUUUAGCGGCAUAACUAAUUACGAUUGAUUGAUUAUGUAUUGUGUAUUUAUGAGCUUAACGAAAGUAUAUUACUGUACGCCUAAGUAUAUUCAAUUGACUUGCAAAACUCUACUAGCAGACGCCCUAGUUUUAGCCAACGAUUCCGACAAUUCCGAUCGUAGACGUGUGAGGUUUACAGCUCAACUAGAGUUUUGCUAAACAAACAAAAAUCAUAGCGCUACUUGCAUAAAAACUUUAAACCCCUUACUAGACCAUGUAAAUCUCUCGCGCGAGUUUAGACUAUUUAAAGUUCUACGAGUAAACAAGUAAAGAAUCCUUUUUCAAAGUCCAUAUUAAGUAGCAUUUAGUAUUUUACAAAACAAAAGAAAAAACAACAAUCGUGUAGCGUUUAUUAUUAAACAAUUUGCCAAAAACAAUGCCGAAAAGAGUUCCGAAAACAAAAACACUUUCAAUUCAAAACUCUUUGCACGCUUCGAACGGGAAAAUACACAACCCAAAAAAUAUAAUCAGUGGCAGUAAAAAUUAUAUAAUUCAGUAAUUAGUUCCCCAAACUAAAAAAAAAACAAGCAAAAACAUUUCCAAUAGUUCGUAGCAAAUUAACAACUAUAUAAAUAAUUAAAUAACAUAGAAAAUCGUACGCUGGGGGCAAGUAAAUUGUAGAUAAAUGUAAGCUAGAGGCUAGAGUUUCGGUCAUGGUUAGGGUACAACUUUUGGGUCUUUGGGUGCCGCCGCCACCGUGCUCAGGGGCGCACCUCUGGCCGGGGGCACAACAGACUGUUGCAAUUUUGCCUAGUUCCCUUAGUGGGUUAAAUUCAGUUUCCCCGCCCCGGCCGGCGAUGCGCCCCCGGGCCAACAUUGGGGGUGGCCAACAAAAAACCAAACCUUGUGUAUAUUUAAAUUUAUGUUAUUUAAUUUUACCAAGUCCAAUGGGCUGAUGUUAUCGAUUUGUAAAUGUACGAAAUUGUGUUCGCAGUUAGACAUGGAGGGAACGGCAUU